AAAAAAUUCCUAUCCUUAAAUAUUUGCAUAAAGACAAACAUAGCCUAUCAGUUUGUCAAAAAAAAGAAAAAAGAACUAAGCCUAUCAUAUGAUCCUAAAAUCAAAUAUAUAAAUAACUAAAGGAAUGAAAUCAGUGUACGCAUAAAUUUCAACGAUUAUGCAUGUAUUAUUUAGCUUAAGUGACAUCCUUUUGCUAUGGACCAAAAUCAUUGUAGUCAUCGCUCAUUCUUCUAUGUUGCAACUUGCAAGAAUGGAAGACAAAGAAAAUAUUAUUAUUAAUAAUAAUGUCCUAGUUUCUAGCUGCUGCAACCAUAUAGUCUUACAUAUGAUAUAUGAUAAUGUUCCAGUUCCACACAAAUUUUUUGAACAAGUUACUUCCUCUUGCAGUCACAGAUGACUCAUUUGCAUGUUAGUUUUCGCACUCGAACACUUGUUUUUUGUUAUGCAAUAGGAACCAUUUCCACACUCCAAAUAAUCCAUCUUGCAAACUCACUCUCAUUUGAUUACUCCAACUUUAAGAAUGGUGAUAUCAAUUGGGAAGGUGAUGCUUCUCCUUAUAAAGGAGCUAUUCAACUCACUUCCAACACCAUUGAUCAAAACAACAACUAUAGCAUUGGUCGAGUCACGAGUUUUAAACAGAUGCAUCUCUGGGAUAUGAACUCUGGAAAACUCACCGACUUCACCACCAAAUUUUCCUUUGUUGUUUUUUCAAAAUCAAAGGAUUAUGGAGAUGGAAUGUCAUUCUUCUUGGCUGAUCCAAAUCUCCCACUUUUGAAGAAUAUCAAAGAAGGUGGCGGUCUUGGCCUUGUGGAUGGAGAACAAGUACUAAAAUCAACUCAAUACUCAUUUGUGGCAGUAGAGUUUGACACCUUCAAUAAUCCAUGGGACCCUUCAGGUGUAGGCACUCAUGUUGGCUUGAAUUUCAACUCUAUGAGGUCUAACAUAACUAAGCCAUGGUUGACCAAUAUUAUGAAAUGGAGAGUUUACAAUUGCAGCAUUAAAUACAAUUCCAACACUCACAAUUUGAGGGUGUCAUUCACCAUGUAUGAUCAUGAUGAUAAACCAGUUAAAGAGCACAUAUCACAUAAAGUUGAUUUGAGAGAUUUCUUACCUGAGAAGGUUAUUGUCGGAUUCUCUGCUGCAACAGGAGUAUUCUAUGAGGUGCAUACUCUUCGAUCAUGGUCAUUUAGUUCAAGUAUACUAAUUGAUGAGAACAUGUUUCGGAUAGCGGCACCAAUAUCCAGUCCUAUAAUUUCUGAACAAGGAAACAAGAUAGGAUUGAAGGUAGCGCUUGGAAUUGGUACAGGUUUGGCUGUAAGUUUAUCAGGGCUGGUUUGUACUCUAUUAUGGAAAAGGAGUAGAGGGAGGAAAACAGAAUUUGGUUUUGAUCUCAACAUGGAUGAUGAAUUCCAAAAGGGAUCUGGACCUAAGAGGUUUUUCUACAAUGAACUAGUGAGUGCAACAAACAAAUUUUCAGAGUCAGAUAAGGUGGGACAAGGUGGUUUUGGUGGUGUAUACAAAGGUUAUUUGAAAGACUUGAACUCCUAUGUUGCUAUCAAGAGAAUGUCAAAAGAGUCGAGACAGGGAGUACUAGAAUAUGUAACUGAAGUGAAAGUCAUAAGUCAAUUGAGACACAGAAAUCUAGUACAACUUCUCGGUUGGUGCCACAGGAAGAAUGAUUUUCUUCUAAUAUACGAGUUUAUGUCAAAUGGAAGCUUAGAUUCCCAUCUAUACGGUAAAAACAGCUUCUUGACGUGGACAGCGAGGUAUAACAUUGCAUUGGGCUUGGCUUCGGCAUUGCUUUACCUACAGGAAGAAUGGGAGCAGUGUGUGCUUCACAGGGACAUUAAAUCAAGCAACAUUAUGUUGGAUUCAUGCUUUAAUGCUAAGCUUGGCGAUUUUGGUUUAGCUAGGCUGGUAGAUCAUGAGAAAGGGUCACAAACAACAAUUCUAGCUGGGACAAGGGGCUAUAUUGCACCUGAAUACUUCACAUCAGGAAAAGCUAGUAAAGAAUCUGAUAUAUACAGUUUUGGUGUAGUGUUAUUGGAAAUAGCCACUGGAAGGAAAGCUAUUGAAAGAGAAGAAAUGGAGGGUCAAAUAAGUAUAGUUGAGUGGGUUUGGGAUCUUUAUGGCUUUGGAAAGUUCCUUCAAGCAGCUGACCCUAAGUUAUGUGGAGCAUUUGAUGAGCAGCAAUUCGAACAUUUGGUGAUUGUUGGCCUUUGGUGUGUUCAUCCAGAUUAUUCAUUCAGGCCUUCUAUAAGACAAGUGAUUCAGGUGCUCAAAUUUGAGUCUCCUUUACCAAUUCUCCCAGAAAAAAUGCCUGUGCCCACCUAUUUUCCCCCAACAAUAAAAGCACUUUUUUCUUCAGUUUCACCCGCCCACUGGACGAAAAGUUAGAAAUUUAAAGUGUAACAAAUGAACAGUCAUUGGAGAACUUAAUUGUAUAGAAGCAAAAUAUAUAACAUUAUUAUUUGCAACAUAUAUGUGCAGUCGUUUUUUUUCCAGAGCAGAUAUGCAUACGAAUCCAAAUUUAUCUAUUACCAAAAACCAUAUUAAUACCAUUCUUUUUUUCAUUAUUUUUAAAAAUGAUGAAACAAUUGUAUACCAAUAUCAGUUUGCUCUAAAUAAUAUAUAGCAACGACAUUAAAAUUGAGUGUCUCUCGUGCUCAACAUGUUAUUACAUUCAAAUAUAACAUUUUCUCAAAUUAUUA